UGGCCUGUCUGAUGAACACGUCUAAACAGUCGGAUUAUGGCCAAACGGAGAUUGAAGUAACUGUCCUCACCAUUAUAUUUGUUGCCGCAGUUGCUGGGAACGGCCUGGUUUUGCUGGUCAUUCUAAAGUGUCGGAGACUGCGCAGUGCCACCAAUUUCUUCAUCGCCAACCUGGCCUUCACAGACCUUCUGUUGGCGUCUGGCAUCCCCUUCAUCGCCACCACGCGCGUCACAACAUCCUGGGAGUUUGGUGACGUCAUCUGUAAACUCGUGACCUACAUCCAGUUCAUCGCUGGGACAUGCUCCAUACUGACAAUGAUGAUGAUCUCGAUAGAGCGCUACACCUAUAUCUGUUUCUCCCACCGCAGGCGCAUGUCCGGGCAACUUGCCUGCUGGAUCAUUUCCGGGGUAUGGGCCAUCUCUAUAACAUUUCCGCUUCCUAUUGCGCUUGCGCAGGCUGAACUAAGUAUCCUUCAAAAUGGGAAUGUGUACAUAUUUUGUGGAAUCCACUGGCAGGAAGGGUUUCACGCCGAUGUGUAUUUGAUUUCGAUGGGAAUCUUAUUUUGUAUGCUUCCUCUGAUAGUUAUAACUAUAUUCUACUACAAGAUAUUCCACAUGGUGCGGACUUCGACCAGGAGGAGUCAGCUCCGCGGGUCAACACGUGGGAACAAGCUUCAAGUGCGACUUAUAAAAAUGAGCGUGUUGAUUGUGUUCAUGUUUGUGACGAUGUGGUUGCCAUUCUAUAUCAUCGGCUUCUUUGGAGUGUACACGAAAUCUAUUACGUCAUCGAACUUUGUGAUCACGAUCAUCCUAGCUAUGGGCAACACUUGUCAGAAUCCAGUCAUAUACGGGUACUUCAACACCCGCUUCAGGGAGGAGUUCAGACAGUUGUGCUGUUGUGGACAGGCUGGCCAACAACAGACGGCGGCCAAUGUGCCGUCUACCGAGGAGGCAGAACGAUCAUAGGGACACUUUAAGACAGUGAAGGUGUAAUACAACCAAUAGAAUCUAGAAUGUA